AGCCCAAAUACCUGUGUACGGGCCUUUGCCCACUAAGGUUCUUCAAAUAGUGCCGAAGCUAUAUGAAGGAAAACGCUGCCAAAAACUGAUAGUCCUUCUGAGAGACUGAAACAUGGGAGACAGAUGGAAGCACACAGCUCUCCUUGUCGUUGACAUGCAGAAAGAUUUUAUAGAUGGGGAUGGUCCUAUGCUAGUGAAAGGAGGCAAAGCCAUGGUCCCAAAUGUAAUAGAGGCAGUUCAAAUGGCUAGGCAGCGUGGCAUUCUCGUAGUUUGGGUUGUGCGUGAACAUGAUCCAUUAGGAAGAGAUGUUGAGCUAUUUCGCCGGCAUUUGUAUUCUUCUGGGAAAAAGGGUCCAACGGUUAAGGGUCAGAUAGGUGCUGAACUUGUUGAUGGGCUUGUGAUUGAAGAAGGGGACUAUAAAUUAGUCAAGACCCGGUUUAGUGCAUUCUUUGCUACACACCUUGAUUCUUAUCUUAAGAGUAAUGGGGUUGACAGUUUGGUUGUCAUUGGUGUUCAGACUCCAAACUGCAUUAGGCAGACUGUGUUUGAUGGCGUAGCUUUGGAUUACAAAUCUAUUACAGUUAUUGUUGAUGCCACAGCUGCUGCUACAGCUGACGUACACGCUGCCAAUAUAUUUGACAUGAAAAACAUUGGAGUUGCAACACCAACCUUACAAGAAUGGUCUGAAUUGGGAGCUUGAUCUGGUAACCGCUACAUAUCCUUGAUUGUCGCAAUAAUAUGGUCCUAUAUAUGUGUAGAGUGUAGACCAAUGAAAGAGCUGCUUCCUUCCUUUAGUUUGAUUGUAUACUAUGCUAACAUUUCAAUAAAACCAGUAUACAAUUUAGAUCUACACUGGCUUUGAUGUAAGGAAAAACAACAGAAGGAAAUAAAUAACUCUGCUGGCUAUGCAAGCAAUGUUUGGACA